GAAGAAGGGCCCCGGCAGGCUCCGAGCAGGCCACUAAAGCCAUUUGGGACUUAACCUCCCCUCCCACCCCAAAACCAGAGAGGAUCUUGCUGGUGAGCUUGCAAUGGACCCCCGGGUCCCUGCCCAGCCACCCCAGCCCUGGGAGAGGCAGGCAGCCCGGGGGGCGUGGGGAGAGGCGCAUCGUGGCCCCCCAGCACAGCCCAGGCGGCAGCUACUCCGCGCGGGACCCCCACCUCGGCCCGGCUCCUGGGAUGGGGGUCACCUUCCCGGCCGUCCCUGGGAUGAGGGCCACCACCCCCGGAGGGAUGCCCACCGACCGGUUUCCGGGGCCGAGUACUUUGAGAGCAGCUACCCCAACAGGCCGUAUUCCAGGCAAGGAUAUGAAGACCCCCACUGGCAGUAUCCAGCAGCCAGCUAUGGGGAUGACUACGCCUACCAAAGCCACCAGUGGCAGCCGGUGCGCUGGCAGGAUGACAGAGACUCGAGACAGGGAGAGCCUUACGGCAAGAGUAUCAAUUACCAGGACCAGCACUACUACAGGGGUUACCACCCCAACCUGGUUGCAACCCCCCCAGGGCAGGACAGGACGCAGACCUACGACUCCUAUGAGGAGAGAUACGCCUCGGCUGCCCGGCCUGAGUGGGCAGGGGGAGAAAUGCUCGGCAGUGAUUCAGGGGAGGUCGGUGGCCAGCCCCAAGAGCCCUCGGGCCAGCCCAGCCUGCUCCUGCAGUACCGGGAGUCGGGGCUCAGCUCCAGCAGCUACGAGCUCAGCCAGUACAUCCACGAUGGUGCCGACCACUAUGACCCCACGCUUUCGGGGAGCUGGAGCCCAGCACAAGCAGGGGGGCCUUUGGUGUCCACCCCAGCAGUACCCCACAAGUUCCCGCUGCCACACGUGGUGGUGUGCUUUGGAGCUGGAGGCCAGCUGGUGUUGGUGUGUCCCCACCACCCUGCCGAGGGGCAACUAGCCCAUGUCGAGAUACACAGCCUGGAGGUAAUCCUUCAUGACACAAAAGAGCUGGAGGAGCUAAAAGCCUUCCCGGGGCCCCUGGCCAGGGAAGAUCUGCACAAGGUGGAUGUGAUGACGUUUUGCCAGCAGAAGAUAGCCACGAGCUGUGAUCUCUCAACACAGAGAGGCAGAGAUUCAGCUCUUCUCUGGAAACUCCUGGUCCUCCUCUGCCGGCAGAAUGGGUCCAUGGUGGGCUCGGACGCGUCUGAGCUGCUGAUGCAAGACUGCAGGCGCCAGAAGUACAAGAGGCAAAACCCCGCGGCAAACCUGAUCGGCCUGACGGAUGACGAGUGGGUGUCGCGUCAGCCAGGGACACUAGACCUCAUCACAGGGGAGGUCCCUCCUGUUGUGGAGACGCAGGCACAGAUAGUGGAGAAGUUCACCAAACUCCUCUACUAUGGCAGGAAGAAAGAUGCUCUGGUCUGGGCCAUGAGAAACCAGCUGUGGGGCCAUGCCCUCUUCCUCUCCAGCAAGAUGGACCCUCGGACCUACAGCUGGGUGCUCACCGGGUUCACCAGCACGCUGGCCACCAACGACCCCCUGCAGACUCUCUUCCAGCUCAUGUCGGGAAGGAUCCCCCAGGCAGCACUGUGCUGUGGGGAUGCCACGUGGGGAGACUGGAGGCCCCACCUGGCCGUGAUGUUGUCCAACAAGGUUGGAGACAUGGAGCUGAACCACCGAGCCAUUGUCACCAUGGGAGACACUUUGGCUGGCAGGGGAGCAGUUGAAGCAGCUCAUUUCUGCUACCUGAUGGUCGAUACUCCUUUCAGUUACUUUGGGGCGAAAGCAGACCGCAUGGCUCUUCUGGGCAGCAGCCACCGGUGUUCACCCAGUUUGCCAGGACAGAGGCCAUCCAGCGGAUGGAAAUCUUUGAGUACUGCCAGCAGCUACGACAGCCCAAAUCCUUCCUGCUCCCCUUCCAGGCCUGGCUCCCCUCCUGCUCCCUGGGCAAUGGAUGGGCCGUUCACGUUGCCGGUGUACAAGCUCCUCUACGCCUCUCGCCUGGCUGACUACGGGCUCCCAGCCCAGGCCCUGCAAUACUGCGAGCAGAUCGCUGCUGCGCUCCUGGGCCAGGAUCCGGCCAGCCACCCUGUCCUGGCCCAGCAAGUGAUGAAGCUAGCCGAGCGGCUGAAGCUCUCCGACCCGCUGCUCAUGGAGAUGCCGGAACAGGACGAGACGCUGGAGCCCGACUGGCUGGAGCAGCUCCGAGCCUGCUGCCGGGAGUGGGAGGUGGAAGACAACCUCCCUCCAGAGGUGGUACCCGCUCAGCCAGGGCUUUCCUGGACUGCCGCAUCGAUGGCAGAUAGAGAGCCCGGCCACGAGCUUCCCCAGAGUGAAGGCUACCAGUAUGACCAGUGGUACCAGCCCAUGCCACCCCAGGGACCCAGCUCCCACGAGGACGCAUCUCUCCGGCCCCCAGCACCCGCUCAGGUCGCAGCAUCGCCGCUGCUCGGCGUUGGGCAAGAGCUGCAGCUCCCCACGCUCGGCCCAGGGACGGCCGCCCCUCCGGGAGGGGUUUUUGCUGAGCCCCUUCCGCAGGUGGUGCCACCGGCAGGAGAAGCUGGGGAGCCCUGGGGUGCCCCGCUGUCCCCCGGGGGGGUGCAGCCAUCCCUCCCAGCAGAGCAGGAGGAGUUAAAGGCAAGGGCUCGGACCAUCUCGGAGAGCUCCACCGUCUCCUUGGAAGAUGACAGCCGGCCCUCCUUGGAGAGCGCAGCCGAAGAUGCCGCCGAAGAGCCGGCGCCAGCAGAGGCGGUGAAGCCGAGUGAGGAUAAGAGCUCCGGAUUCAGGUGGUUUGGCUGGUUUCGGUCGAAGCCCACCAAGGAAACUUCUCCCAAAGCUGCGUCCGAGACGGCCUCGGACUCCCCCUCGCCAGGACCCCAGGAACGGGUGUCGCCAUCCCCACCCGACACUCCUCUCGAGGCUGGGACAAGCCCUUUGGCUCGGUCGCCAUCCAUAAAUCCCGGAGGAAUGCAAGGUGAAAAUACUUUUCCUGUUACUCCACUGUCCAUUGAGAUGAAAGGCUCGUGGGAGUCAGGAGAGCAGACCGGGUCCCACGAAUCUCCCCCACCGGUGGGGACAGUCCCCCUCUUCAACCCUGUGCAGGUGUCUCAGCUCGCCGCUCCAGCUCGACCCAACCAACCCAGGCUGCUUUCCCAGCGCCGCUACCCCAACCCUCUGUGAGCGGAGAACCGGAGGAUUUGGGGGGUGGGCAGCAGAAAUCAAUAGCAGUGACUGUUUGUGGAAAG